UGGAACGGUGUCCGAGCUCGAGUGGGGCCAAUGGUAUUUAAUUUUAAAACGUUUUCUCCCGCACGCGUUUCACUGCCCGUUGGUUGACUCAACAACGCAACACAACAUUCUCGCAUUCGGAGACGCACAAAAAUAUAAAUCUGUUAUUAUUGUUCGGGCCAUCCGUUAAUGAAGACGACGCUACUCUGCUUCAUUCGAGAAGGAAAUAUGUGAUUCUGGUCGAUUCCGCGCAUCACACCACAAGAAAAAACCACGUGUCAGUCGAAUCUCACGUUAUAUGGUGGCAUAACAAAGCAUUUGCUGAAGAAUAAUGAAGUGCCUGGGAGUGGAAUUUGCUCCGCUGAACAUUCCGUUCAGACGGAGACUGCAGACUCUAGCAGCAGGUUUCUGGUUCAUAACUAUGGUACUUGGAGGAUUCGCCGGCUCCAUUUUAGCCGUGUACUUGGUGCUCUUCACCCAAUACUGGUGGUUGACUCUUCUGUACCUCUUCUGGGCUUUGGUUAUGGACAGACACACGUCCGAGCGUAGCGGCAGAAGAAACGAGUGGAUGCGCAGCUGGAGCUGGUGGAAAUAUACCAGAGAGUACUUCCCCACUAGCUUGGAACGCGUCCCCUGGAUGACCUUAGACAAGAAAAAGAAUUACCUCUUCUGCUGCUAUCCGCACGGGAUGCUGUGCACCGGGCCUUUUAUGGCCUUCGGUACGAACUACGGAGGUUUCGAUCAGUUCUUCCCCAACCACAAGACACACAUCAUCACCUUGGAUCAGCACUUCAGCAUGCCGUUCUUCAGGGAGCUGGCGCUCGGCCUGGGCGGCUGCAAGGCCACCGCAAAAUCCAUUUCUCACAUCCUGAACAAGGAGGAAGGUGGUAAUGUUGCGAUACUUAUGGUCGGCGGAGCUACCGAAGCGUUCUACUGCAAACCCGGCGUGUACAAGAUCAUCUACGACAAAAGGAAAGGCUUCAUCAAGAUCGCAAUAAGGACCGGAGCGCCUUUGGUGCCGGUGAUAUCGUUCGGCGAGACGGAUCUGUUCGAUCAGCUCGAGAACCCCGAAGGAUCCUUGCUGAGAUCCGUGCAGGAAUGGCUGAAGAAGUACAUCGGUCUGGCGCCGGCGAUUCCCGUCGGUCGCGGAUUCUUUCAGUACACGUUCGGAAUGAUUCCGAAACGGAAACCGGUCCACACAAUUGUUGGUCAACCGAUGGAAGUCGAGAAGAACGCCAACCCAACGCAAGAGCAAAUCGAUACUCUGCACGAGAAAUUCAAGCAGCAUUUGAUUAAUCUGUUCGAGGAACAGAAAUAUAACUACGUCCAAAAUCCCGAGCAGACGAAGCUCGAGUUUAUUUGAAGUGCUCGGCGACUUGCAGUUUGCUGUAUUUAUUCAUGAUCACAGUGAUACAUAAUUAAUUAGGGAAGGAGAUCAUACGUAAGACUAUUUAAGAAAGUUAAGGCUCAAUAUCGUUUUUAAUCUGUUAAGGAAGCUAAAUCGUAGCUUUCUCGUUUGUUUAUAUAAGAAAAUAUAUAUGUUACUUAAACCGUU